AUUGAAGCGUCUAACUAAUCUUUGGCAGGCUGGGACACUCAGCCUUUAAGAAGUGUGGUGAUCCCUGCCCAUUAUCAUGAUCGAUCAUCAUCAGCCAUGAUCAAUCCAAUUCCGAAUGAAGGCCUGUCCAUCUGUGAAAAACAGCUUCAUCAUAACAUCCUCCACUUUCCGUCUGCGCCAUAGGAAUGUGGAAUUUCCACCAAUGCCUAUCUUCGUUUGACUUGCGUUUGCUUUCGGACCCGACGACGGAGAUGACGCCACGGGGCCCAGUGUGGAAAUUAAAACAAAAUUAAACGUCACUGGGACGUUUCCAGUGUGUGCACGAACGGUACAACUCCGCUUGCGUCCCUUCCAAUCGACCUUGUCAACGUGCUCACCAAAAAAAAAAACCGGUUUUUUUUUACAAGAAGCCAAAGAAUGUCGUGCGAGAAAUAAUUUGCAUAUAUUUUAAUCUUGGAACGCGUGUCCCCCAACCCAGUCCCUCGAUACACAGGUAUACAAGAUAGCCACCGGUACUAUAAAUAUAUGAGCCGUGCAGAGAAAUGUGCAUUGAAGACGGAGUGACGAUGGCAACCACACGGAGAAGUCCGGUGGACAUUGUGGCAAAGUGACCGAGGGACUCAUCAAACCGCAGUCAAGUGCCGGAGUCGAGAUCUAUCGUCCGGAGCCCACGGUAAGCCAUCGACCGAUCUUGGCCGGCUUGAACAUCCCACACGGCGUCGUCGUUACGCGCACGGAGCAUCCCGGCGAUGUCGUCUCCCGUCAUCGCCAGCAGCGGCCCCGACGGGGGCCUCGGCGGACACGCCGACGAGUCACCCCGCGCCGGCGAGCCCCCUCCGAGGCUGCGCCUGCUCACCGACGGUCAGAACCGCGGCGGCGAGGACGACGCACCGCAGUCGCCCAUCUGGGUGCUGAGACCAGAACGGCUGAGAGUGCCGCGCACGGCCGCCGAUGACGAUGACAACGACGACGAUGACGGCGGCGGUGAUGACAACGAUGAUGACAACAACGACGACGACAACAACGAUGAUGACAACAACGACGAUGACAACAACGAUGAUGACAACAACGAUAAUGACAACAACGAUGAUAACAACAACGACGACAACAACGGUGACGAUGACGGUGGUGACAACAGCGGCGGCGGCUCAUGGACCGAGAGCCCCAGCGGUUCCCCUUUGCCGACGGCGCGGCCCGACCCCGGUGUGCUCUCUCUGAACCUCGAGUCGCUGUCGGAGCCGGGCGACGGCGGCGACUCGCCGGGCGGCGGGACGCGCCAGGCCGGCAUGCGACGAGCCGGAGAGGCGGCGGGCGUGGACGGGGGUGGCUUGGCCUCGACGCCCACGUCCGCCGACCGCUCGAUCUGCGGCCCCUGCGACGACACGACGCCAACGAGGGAUGGAUGUGGCGAGGAUUUCAGCAGCGCCCCGACCUCCCCAUGCAGGGAGCUGUCGCCCACCAUACCCAUCAAGCAGGGCUGGCUGCGCUACUGCCACACGCACGAUGGCAAGCUCCAGCAGCAGCCAAGCCGCCGGCUGGCUCCGGUGUACGUCGAGGUGAGCGCCGGGCUCCUCGUGCUGCACGGCGGCGCCCCCCCGGCGGGACGCGCUCGCCAGCGCCAGCGGCGGCCGCGGCGGAUCUCGCUGGCGGCGUGCACCUGCGACGUCGUGUCCAGCGAGCAGCGCGGCGUCCACGUCCUGGGCCUCUCCACGCACGACGGCCGCGAUUUCCUCUUCCACGCCGAGGGCCAGGCCGACGCGCUGGCCUGGGGCCUCGCCGUGCACGAGGCGCGGGCUCAAGCGCUGGGGCAGAGCAGCGACAGAUCCCCGCCCGAAGCGGAUGCUAGCGACGUCUUCCCCCGAGCCUCGUCGCUGUCCCGCCGCUCGUCCUGGAGCAGGUCGAGCUUCGGCAAGGGCCUCUGGCAGUACGUGGUGAGCGGGGGCUUCGGACGCAAGUCGCGGACCUCCCCCACCAAGGGCGCACAGACGUUCGGGGUGCCCCUGGAGGACUGCCCGCCGUCCGGCAGCAGGUGCGUGCCCAAGGUGGUGGAGGCAUGCUGCGAGGCGCUGGAGGUGCACGGGGGGCUACGCGCCGAGGGCAUCUACCGCGUGCCGGGCCGCACCAUGAGCGUGAACACCUUGCUGGAGCAGAUCGAAGUGAGCGGCGGCGUGCCGGACACGGAGGAGAAGGUCUGGCAGUGCCCCAGUAUUGUGGGAUCGCUCCUGAAAGGCUUCUUCAGCAAGCUGCCCGAGCCCCUCAUGACCUACGAGAGUUACGAACCGUUCUUGGAAGCCAUGGGUCUGGAGGACUUGGACGAGAGGCUGGAGAAAAUCAAAGAGCUGGUGGAGAACCUGCCCAGAUACAACUACCACACGCUGCGCUACAUCAUCCGGCACCUGCGCCGCGUGGCCGACAACUGCGCGGAGAACAAGAUGAAUGCUGAAAACCUGGGCAUCGUGUUUGGGCCCACGUUCUUACGAUCCCCGGCAGGGGACAUGACCAAGCAGCUGAUGGACCUUGGAAAGCAUAACACGAUCAUCGAGACGCUCAUCAAACACUGCCACUGGAUAUUCAUCGACGGAAAUACGACUCCCAAAGGGAGUGCGGAUGGCGAGUCCGACCAGCCGAGCCCGGGGCCCACGAAGCGGACUGCAGCGAGCAGCAGCCCCACGGAGGAGUCCGACCUGGAUUACCAGUCGUGUGACAGCAGCAGUACGCUCAGCAGACCGGAGAGCAAGGCGGGGGACAUGGAUCUUGCGCAAGGGAGGAGGAGCCUGCGCUCGAGGAAGGACGCCAGCGCCGAGUCUCCCGACGCCGAGCGGCGGCUCCUGGACUGCGCCGACGACAGCGGCGAUGACGAGGCCAGCCUCUCCUCGUCGCUGGACGGGCGACGCUCCUCGCGGCUGCUGUGGAGCGCCGCCUCCGACGUGCGCCUCCACACCGCCGCGGGCAGCCAGCUGGGCCGGGCGGGCCCCAAGCGGCGGUGGACGCCGCUGCUGUCCCCGGACGGCCCCCGGCUGUUGUCCCCGACGGGCAAGCCCUACAGCCUGAGCAGCCCGCCGUCGCCCGAGCGGCGGCACAAGCCCGCCGCCAGCCCCAGGACGCACCGGUGGAGCGGCGUGCGACGCUCGAGCCUGAGGGACGCCAAGGAGAGGGGGUCGGCGAAGGUGGCGGCGUCGUCGCCGAAGGUCAGCAGGUCCACGGAGUUCAUAUCCGGACCGAGGAUCGUUCCGCCGGUCCCCCGGCGCGCGUCGUUGCGCGCGGACGGCGCCGGAACAGCGGGGAGGCCCGAGCGGCUGCCCGAGGGGAGCUCCUGCCGCAUUUCCAUCUUCGUGGAGCACUGCAGCGACUCGGAGCAAGAGAGCGACGACGCGGCCUUCUUGGCCCCAGACGCCCGCUCCCAAUCCGACGGGUCGGAGGCGGAGAGGCCCGCCGUCGUCGGUGCCGUCGACGGACCUCCGGGGGUGGGACCGGCGCGGGGAGCGCCGUCGUCUCCGAGGGGCGAAGCGGGCGACCGGCGGCGCGCGGAACCGCCGGGGGAGGCGCGUCGCUCCACGAGCGGCCGCGUGGCCAGGAGGGACAGCCUGUGGGUGACGGCGAGCAGGCGCAGGUCGGUGCCGCGCUCGUCCUCCUGCUCGGACAUUCUGGCGCAGCUGCGGGCGGACCGCGUCGACGGCAGGAAAUCUCCGAUGUUCGACUUGCCCAAAUAUUUGAAUAAGUUGCUGGGAAGGGCGAAAAAUCUCUAACUCGGUGAAAGCAACGCCGAGCGGUGCCUUGUGGUCGCGUCAACUUCCCAGGCGCAAGCGGUCCCGUCCCGCACGUCGAUUGACGCAGCGAGGAGUGCGUCGUCAUCCCGCGUCGCUGUGGCGGCCGCGUGAGCGUCGCUGAACGGCACCCGGCAGCAGCAGGAGGAGAGUGAACAAUCGGGCUGCACACGCUGCCAAGAGAAGUUGUGGACGGGCCAUGGGUCAUUCGUGAAAAGUCCAAACUGCAACACUUUUGACUGGGAAAAACAACGCGUGCUUAAAAAGCCACGUGGUCAGGACUUUACACAAACUAUUUUUUUUUUAUAAACACAACGCCGGGAGGUUGAAAAUGCUUCCACCCUAACGAUUUCCGUGACCUCGCAAAAGGUCCGCCACCAGCAGGCAUUCAAACGAAGCGACGGGGUGAUACUGCCUUGGCAGAGAUGCACAAGCACUGAGAGCAAAAGAAAAAACUCAACACAUUCAUCAAUAACACUGACUUCGAAGGAAAACACAUAAUGAAAGUAUAUAUGUAAAUACACAAGUACAUUUAAUACACAACGAUUCGGGAAAUGGACCUUCUUCUGCGUGCUAUGAAAGAAGAAAGGUUACUGCAUAUAAUGUCACCGAUUAUAUAUUUUAUAUUUUGUUGCCCUUUUCAGGGUACAGUGUGUGGUGGGUGUUUGUGACUGCUACAGGUAAACACGCAAGUUACAUCAAACGGAGGUUUGCCCUCCUGGUUUUCUGAGCGACUGACUAUGAAUUACAAACACUGUGUUGAGCUCUUCCAUUGUAAUUAGGGUAUCCUGGGUUUAAACUAAGUAUAAAAGCGUUGUUGAGAUAUUACGAACACGCACCUCCGCUUAGCACGGUUGGCUACGUACGGCGCGAAAGAAGUUCCACGUGCGUACAUGCACACUCAAGGCUUCGAAGCACUGUCAUUUAAAUGUGUAUUUAUGUUUACUACGCCAUUCUACAGUAAUUGCUGCAUGUGUUUUAAAGAAAUAAUUGGUCGCAGAUAAUGUUACCAUUGUUGUGAUUGAGUAAUUGUCAUCGUUAUCAUAACAGGGCACAUCAUUGAGAUGGGGGAAAGCUGUCGUGGUUCAAUGCUUAGCCACAAUGGACUUUGCAAUCCAGAGGUCGCCCAUCACAUGUUAGAUCCCUCCGGUGCGGCAGUUGGAACAAUGGACGAUUGAAACCCGCCAGCAGUACACAUGGGGGGCACCCCACUUAGUGGAUCGGUAGGUCGCGUGCAUUGGGGUAAAGCGUGGAUAGUACUCCCAGAUUACCCCCAAAGACACUGGAAGAGUAGGCCAAGAUAACCUUGUUUGGCGGGGUUCUCCAGAACUGCUGACAGCUGGGAACCUACCACUGGCAGUCGAGAGAGCACAGCGGCAGGGCGGCACUUUCAACCUUUCACGGAGGCGCGACUGUCCGCCCAGCGCUUGGCGGACGAAGGGGGUGACGGGGGCCAACGGGGUGAGGACGGCGGGGUCAUGUGAGGUGGGCCGCUCCUCGGAGGUCACGUGUGGCCGACGGAGCAAGUUGCCAAUUCUCGAGGAAGGUAGAAAGGGAGCGAUGCCGAGGUCCGGUGGCAUCGGUGACAUCGCCUGCGGCGGGCCUCUGAAUUUUUAUGGGAAAUCCACGUUGAGAAAAUAACCUCGUCGCACGUUCUGCAACACGUGGAGGCAGCGUGACCCGAAUGUUAGUAAGACAAACUCGAGUGCGGUAACUUGCGUGGCGAAGCAUUCAUGUACAUACCACUUUUCAACACGUCAAUAUUUAAAUGUAUUAAACCAAAUAUUUAAUCGAUAGGUGACCUUCCAACGGCAGGGAACCCAGCAAGCAAAAAGUUUUUAUCCUCGACAGAGGAGUGGGGCAGCUACGUCCGAGUUACUGAUGAUUCGUUACGGGAGUGAAGACUGUGUACAUUCAUGCUUAUACCGCGAUCACGAAUACAGUUUUGUAUAUCCGCCAUGCAUUGUACAUCCAUUAUAUUUGCCCACCUUCCACCAACUCGCACUGACCGGCGUGGUGAAGUAUGGUCAAACAACCGCCACCAUACGCAAGGAUAUGGGGAGGCCCUCAUCCAGCGGUAGAUUAACAGAAGGACUGUAUUGAUACGAACAGUGAUACAUAUUUGUGUGUCCUGUAUACUGAACACAUUAUUUGGUGAUGCCGAGACGGUAAGUGGCGUACAAGCGCACAUAACAAAAUCAACUCAACGCGUUCGUCAAUCUCACUGUGACCAUGAAAGGGAAACUAUGUAAUAGGCGACGUUUCGGGCGACGGCACUGAUUGAUGUGCUCGGAAAAAGAGGGUACAUUUCGUGGUCCACCACCCACUCUACUCCCUUGUAAGGCGACAGCGUUGUUGAACUGAAGCUGUCCCCACCACCAUAAUCCUUUCUUUUGGCACAAUCUUAAAAGAAAUUGCAGUGAAACUAACGAAUAAAAUGAUGGCGCGAUGCAUGUGCAGAGAA